GUCACUGCUUCAUCUUUCCACCUGUGGCGUCUCUUUGUCCCGACUGGGAAGUAGAGAAGUGCAGCAGGGAAGGAAGAGGUACUGAUGGAGCCAACUGGGGAGAAGGAAUCCAUAGCAGAGGCUUCGAAGGAGGUUUCUCGGGAGUUCAGAACCCUAAUUAAUGGCGAUGAUUUGGAUAACCUCAAGCAAUUGCAGCAUCUCAUACUUGGGAGGCUGCAGGACAGCAAUGCAGUGUUGACCCAUUUUAACGACUAUUCGGAAAAUUGCUUCACUGAGGUUUCCGGGGAUUUUUACAAGAACACUCGCCUGCUCAAGUCUAUGAAGUCUGACCUUGAUUACAUAUUUCUAAGGCUAAGAACUAUGAAAUCGAAAAUCUCGGCAGUCUAUCCUGAUGCAUUUACUGACGAAUCAGCGAAGCAAGUAGAGGACCGUAGACCGGAUCUUGAAGCACCUAUGGAACCAUAGUGUGUUGGUGCAUUUAAUUUCCUGAAACAUAUGCCACCCAGCUUAUUCCUUAUGUUCUUUUCUUCUUUCCUGUUGAUAUAUAAUAUAGUACCCUUACGACAUUGUUACAUUCUUGCAUAUCUGCACGUAAUCUUGUAGUAGUAAAGGGAUUCCAUUUGCAUAGAAACCAAAAGGUGGCAGUUUAAUGAAGAUAUCACGCUGUGCUUCAUGUUCUGUUAUAGGCAGGCGGGAGUUAAGUAAAAAACGGGUUAGCAAAGGAAGCAUCUUUCUCCAGUGGAAUCUCCCAGGCAGAUGGGUUUGUAACUUUGUUCUUCUCUACUUUCUAUUUCUGUUGUGUGUCAGUUGUAGACAUGGGAGAUGUCUCUCGCCUUUCAUCCGAUCUUUUGUGGACUUGUGAUAAAUCAAAGCGUUUCCGUUCGUUUAUGUACUUCCUUUCCAAACUAUUCCCUCUGUUUCUCUGGUAAAAGAGGGCAAAGAUUGACCCUCGUCGGUCGCGUACUUGCCUGCACUCUUUUUCACUCACGUAGUUGCCUAGGAGUGAGCACGUGGGUGGUUAAUCCGCGGAUUGAUAUUGAUCCACCCGCAAAUAAUCCGACCUACACGCAGUGGGUGAUUGAUGUGGGUGGAUUGCAGAUUGUUAAAUCUCCCACCUGUACUUAUGUGGGUGGAUGGUGGGUGGAUUGCGAGUCACCCGUAUGACACGCGUCCUAUUUUUACAUGUAAAAAUAUUGUUUCUUAUAGUAUCGAAUAUUCAUUAUAUUUUCGAACAGCACUAUAGUCUGACCAUAUACUUCAAAAGGUGGAGAAUAAAGAAUAGUUUUGACU